AUGGAAAAAACUAUACAAUUUUUUGACACUCUAAUGUUGAAACACAGUAAGCUUAAAUGGGUUUAACGGUAGGCUAACCAUUUUGUGAUUCAAAUUGAUUCUUUUUUAAUACAAUUUUAUUUAAAUUUUUAUAAAUUUCAUCCAGAGUUUCAUACAUAAAAGUCAUUUUCACACAGUUUAAAUAUAUGUUUUUUUGUUCUUUAUAAACUUCAUAUCUUACAAAUCAUUUUAUUUUUUUAUUUUCAUAUAAUGUUUUACAACAAAUGACCGGAACUGAAAAAACAUCAUCAAAUCUUAGAGACGAAUUACAGGAAAGUAUUCAGAAUACAGAGAACCUAUGCGUUGCAAGAGAAAAAGAACUUUAUCGAAAGCUGAAUCAAGGAAUUCUUAGCAUUAAAGAACGAUUAGUUGAUGAAGACAUCAAUACCUUUUGCACGCUUCGUGAGAAGAUAGCAGACAAUAUUAACAAAUUUUCUGAGUCGUUUUCCAACUUGAAUUGUGAAACGAAACAUUUAAAAGAAGAAAUUUCGUACGUCGAAACAUUAAAAAAAUCAUUAGAUAAAGCUUUAUUGUAUUCUUUACAAUGUCAACGUUUACAAAAAUGUGAAACUUUACUCGGAAAAUCUAUGGAGGAUAAUGAUUUUGAAUCUUCAGUACGUAGUAUUCAAGAAAUGCAUGACAUUUUAGAUAACAAUGGGAGUUUACGAGAUAGUAAUAAACAUAUCGUUUCAUCAAUGCAAUGUUUUGAACGAAACCUAAUAGAGAAAUUUCAACAACUUUUAGUGGAAUCCAUUCUUCAUAAUGAUUUGAUUGCAACCCGAAAACUUUGCCAAUUUUUGAAAUCACUGAAAUUACAAAAACUUGUAAUAAACAAUUACUUAUCCGUGUUGAAAAAUUCAAUGCAAUCUCAAAUUAUAUCAGUUCCUAAUUUUGGCAAUAAAGAAGAGUACCAGCUAUUCUUUCAAAAAUACCCUUUUUAUUUUGCUGAUACCUUAAUCAAAUUAUUCACUUGCGUUAAAAAAUUUAUUGAAGAACAUCACAGUGUAAAAUAUGUUUUGUUUUCUCCAUUAUGUUUUCUAUGUAUUUUCGUUCCCCUUUAUUCCUUAAUUUAUAUCUUGCUAAUCCUAAUUUUUUUUUUGAAACAGACUAUAAUAACAGUUUUGAGUAAUAAUCAGUUUCUACUACUUCUUCGUCAAAUAGAAAAGGAAGCAGAUAAUCAAGCCGUUCCUUUACUAACAGAAUUUCAAAGAAAAAACCAUAAGAUUAUCAACUCUUCCCCUGAAACUCUAAACUUUUCAGCUUUACGUGAAACAGAUGUACUAUUGGAAGAAAUGAGUAUUAUCUCUUCACGUGUUCAACAAUUUGUGCUUUUUUUACAUUCUAAAAGUCAACCAUGUAAACAGGCAAUUGAGGAACAUUCAUCAGAGAAAGCAGUCGAUUUAAUCAGCGACCCUAAUGUUUCUUGCCUUCAUGGUCUUGCCGAGUUAUCUUCGUUAUCGCGACAAUCCCAGGAAAUAAUGGGUUUGUAUGUCUCCUUAGAGCAUGCUUACGCCCUUGUUUCCUUAAGAAAAGCAUCCGACGAAGCUUACGUUAUUCUUGGAGAUUAUGAUCGUUUAGGAACCACAUUUCCCGACGACGUUUUUUUCAUUUUACGCAAAGUUAUUAUACGAUCUAUUGAAACGCAUGAUAACUGUGCUUUGUGCGCUGUUAUAAAUUUUCUCUCGGCUUUGAUUUCUUCUACAAUGAAAGCUACCUUAACCGAUUCUUUAGCAACAUCAUUUCAAUUUUACACUACAUGGAUGAAUACACAUUUCCUAGAGGAGGAGUCUACUAUUUCUCAGAAAAACACUUUUCAUAAAGCACUCGAUUCACUAAUUAAUAAACCUGAACGAUUAGGUGAAUUAACUUCUAUGUUAAAAUGGUCUGCUUCCCUACAACAGUUACCCUCAUCAAAUAAUAAAGCAAUUCAGCCAGUGUCCCAAUGCUCAGUGAAACUUAGUUGGCCUCAUCUUUUGAAUGAUCUUUGUACUUGUUAUGAAUCUAUAGAAAACUUGGGUCAUUUAAGCGAAGACCAUUUUUCUGCAGCAUGCCUUGCAAAUGAAACAAACACUCUUUUUCAAGAACGACAAUCGUUAAUGUUUCAACAAAGCCUGUUAAGUCUUUUAGCUACAAAAAAAGAAUAUUGGGAGACAUUAGACUAUUAUGUUCAACUUUUUGUUAACCAGCCUUUAAGUCCUCUUUUAACAUCAUUUUUUAAUGAAUUUCUUACAAUCCCUUCUAUUCUUGAUGAUACCAUGUUUGCAGAUUUUCAAGUUAAUGAUCCAUUUAUUAAAAAAUUUAUUAUGAAAAUAAAUCAGAUUAUCAAUCAUAUUCAAACAACAUAUACUUUACAAUGUUCCAAUCUUCUCAUCGAUGCUUUGAUUAACAAUAUGGCGGUGCGAUUUGAAGAUUGUAUUCUGAAGAAAAAAUUCUCAUUAUUAGGAGCUGUCCAAUUAGAAGCGGAUUUAAGAGCUUUUAUGAAUUUUUUAACACAAAAAUGCUCCCGACCUUAUAUUUCUAAAUUUACCAAGCUUAUGGAUAUAACAGAAUUAUUAUGCGUAUCGUCUCAUGAUGAGUUCAAUGCGAUCAUAGAUUCCUUAAAAAAUGAGAGAACGUUGACACUUAGUGAUGAAGAAAUAAAAAAAUUGAUAGAAAAUCGUGUUGAUUUUACCAACUAAUUAUAUCAUGAUUAUCACAAGGUUUUCGUUUUCAAAUGAUGGUACUCAAUUUGAAGAUACUAUAAAUUGUAAAGUUAAACAUUCACUUGACGUGAAAAUUUCUCCA